AUGAUGCUGAUGAUGAGGAGCCCGCGAUGGUGGAUUUCCCUUUUGUGCGUCUGUGGACUGAUGCACGUCGGUCACCAGAGCAGCGCAAAUACCCCGAAUGGAGACGCCUUGCCGGGCUUGAAGGCUCUGCGGGAUGCAGGCAGGCUCGCAGGGAAGGAGGACACGGUGCCUCUCCGCCUGCUCUACAGCAGACACAACCACAGCCAGAUCACACAGGAUGAGCUCAGCACCCGGGUGAAAGCCAGCCCCGGCUCCGCACAGGUGAACCAUGUGGCCCAAGCAAGCUUUCAAGUCGAGGCCUUCGGGAGAGAAUUCAUCUUGGAUGUGGAGCUGAAUCAUGAUCUGCUGUCUUCGGGGUACGUGGAAAGGCAUUUGUCAGAAAAAGGGAAGGCUGUCAUCACCAAUGGAGGAGAGCACUGCUACUACCAGGGGAAGGUCAGAGACAGUCCUCACUCCUUUGUGGCUGUUUCUACUUGUCAUGGACUGCAUGGGAUGUUUUUCGAUGGCAAUCACACCUACAUGAUUGAACCUGGAGGAGAGGACAGCAGCAAUGGCGAUGUCCCCAUUCACAUGAUUUAUAAAUCUGCAGGGGAGGACCUCCUCAAUGGUGACCUGCCAGAGCCGCCGUUUCCCAGCCCUCCGUUCCCCGGGUCUAAAGUACUUCACAGGAGAAAGAAGAGACAGGCUCCACAUGUGUCACACAGCGUCGAGGAUGAGAUCAAAUACAUUGAGUUGAUGGUGAUCAAUGACCAUUUAAUGUACAAGAAGCAUCGGCUUUCCGUUGGGCACACAAAUAACUAUGCUAAGUCAGUGGUCAAUAUGGCUGACAUGAUCUUCAAGGAACAGCUUAAUACUCGGAUUGUGCUUGUUGCUAUGGAAACCUGGUCAGCGGACAACAAGUUCAACAUUGAUGACGACCCCAUGGUGACCCUGAGGGAGUUCAUGAAGUACAGGAAGGACUUCAUCAAGGAGAAAUGCGACUCUGUUCACCUCUUCUCAGGGAAUCGCUUUCAUAGCAGCUGGGGUGGAGCUUCCUACAUGGGAGGCGUUUGCUCUCUCACUAAAGGAGGCGGAGUGAAUGAGUACGGGAAAACGGACGAGAUGGCCAUAACUCUCGCUCAGUCGCUUGGACAGAACAUUGGCAUCUUUUCGGACAAGAAGAAGAUCCUCAACGGUGAAUGCAAGUGUGACGAUCGCUGGACAGGCUGUAUCAUGGAUGACGUUGGUUUCUACCUGCCCAAGAGGUUCUCCGACUGCAACGUGGGGGAGUACCACAACUUCCUGAACAGCGGCGGAGGAGCGUGUCUGUUCAACAAACCUCUGAAGCUGUUGGACCCUCCAAUCUGUGGGAACGGCUUUGUGGAGCCGGGAGAGGAGUGUGACUGCGGCAGUCCAGCGGAGUGUGCCAUAGAGGGGGAUGCCUGCUGUGAGCAGUGUACUUUGACUCAAGGCUCAAAGUGUAGCAACGGACUCUGCUGCAACAGCUGCCAGAUGGAGUUCAUGGGGGUUGUGUGCCGAGAUGCAGUGAAUGACUGUGACAUCCCAGAAAACUGCACAGGAAACUCCAGCCAGUGUCCACAAAAUGUGCACAAGAUGGACGGCUACACGUGUGAAAAGGAUCAGGGUCGCUGCUUCAAUGGAAGGUGCAAAACCAAAGAUAGACAGUGCAAGUACAUCUGGGGAGAGAAGGCAAUGGCGGCCGACAAGUUCUGCUACGAGAAGCUCAACAUCGAGGGUACAGAGAAAGGCAACUGUGGGAAAGACAAAGACACGUGGAUCCAGUGUAAUAAACAAGAUGUUCACUGUGGCUACCUGCUGUGCGCCAACAUCUCACCUGCACCGCGACUCGGAGAGCUGCAAGGGGGGAUGACCUCCUUCUCCGUGGCCCAACACAGUGCCUCUCUGGACUGCAGCGGCGCUCACGUGGUGAUUGAUGGAGACACUGACCUGGGAUACGUGGAGGAUGGGACGGCCUGCAGCACAGACAGCAUCUGUUUCAAUCACAAAUGUCUCCCGAUCCAACAGUUCAAUUUCAGCACCUGCCCCGGGACGACUGACAAGAUCAUCUGCUCCGGACACGGGGUGUGCAGCAGUGAUCUGAAGUGUGUGUGUUACCUGGGCUGGACCGGAGACGACUGUAACACCACCAAUCCGCUCAGUUCUCUCGUGGUGGGGCCGACCGCCUCAGUUUCAGGUAUCACCAGUACAAACAUCAUCAUCGGGGCCAUCGCGGGCUCCAUCCUCGUCCUCGCGCUCAUAAUGGCUGCUACAGCCUGGUGCUACAAGAGCUACAAGCAGAGACGCUAUGUGGAGUCUGAGGUUCACCGAAGAUUCUGCCGGCAAAUGCCCCCAGGUGACUAUGUAACAAAGCCUGGGGACGCAGAUUCCUUUUACAGUGACAUGCCUCCAGGUGUCAGCACCAACUCCGGCUGCAGCUCCAAGAAGAGGUCAGCCUGCCUGUCGCACCUGCAGAUUUGCACCCUGUCCUUCACUCCUUCCAUCCAAUCCAUUUCUCAGAACAUCUCACUGUUUGGCUUCAGAUCUAACGGGCUGUCACACUCAUGGAGUGAGAGAAUCCCAGACGCCAAACACAUUUCCGACAUCUGCGAAAACGGGCGACCGAGGAGCAACUCGUGGCAAGGAAAUCUGAGUGGAAAUCGUAAGAAACUGAAGGGAAAGAAGUUUCGUGCUCGCUCUAACUCCACAGAGUAUUUAACCCCUCGCUUCAAAGCAGAGAUUUAUGAUGUAACUAAAUGGGUAGAAGAUGUGAAUAAAAACACUCAAGGACCUUUCCUUAGGACGUUAUCCCCCGCCAAGUCUCCCACUUCCUCCACAGGAUCCAUUGCAUCCAGCAGGAAGUAUCCGUACCCCAUGCCCCCCCUCCCCGAUGACCAGAGGAAAGCCAACAGGCAGAGUGCCAGGCUGUGGGAGACUUCAAUAUAA